AUUGAUGAUAAAGUAUUCAUUUUUGUUUAAGCUAAAAUUUUUGAUUUAAAAAAUAAAAUAUUCACAAAUUUGUUAGAUUUUAUAAUUAAUUAUAAUACUUAGUUGUUAAACCUUUUCAAUAAUCUAAAUAAUAUAGUACUUUUAUUUUCGUUUCUAAAAUUAAAGGUAAUCAAUACUUAUUGAUAAUUUUUUAAUAAAAAUAUGAAUUUAGUUAGUUGUUAAGAAAUAAAAAUUUGAAACAUAAUAAAUAAAAAAUACUUUAAACUACUCCCUCUGUUCCUUAUAGAUCCAUUUUUUAGAAAAAAAAAUUGUUUCAAAAAGAUAUAUUUUUUUACAUUUUCAAGACAUUAAUUAAUGAAAAUUGUACUUUUCAAAAAAUACAAUUGUGUUUAAUAAAAUCUCACUGGUUAAAAAUUAUUGGGAAUAAUUAAUUAAGAAAAACAAUGUAUUGGAAAAUACAAUUUUAAAUAUCUUUUUAAUAAGUGUGGAAAAACUAUAACAUGGAUCUUUUAGGAACUGAGGGAGUAACAUAUAUCAUUUAGUGGUAGAAUAAUCUCAUGUGUAAUAAUUAUCUAAUUUUUUUUCUUUUUCUCAGCCAUUAAUUAUCUAAUUUGUAAGUAAGGAUCAAACUAUUCUUAACAAAAAUUUAGUGACGGUUGAAAAAUCUAUGGCAUUUCUUAUAAUAUAUCACAUGAAUGCAUUGUUAUUUCUGUAUGCUAUUUUAUUUUAAUAAAAUAAGUUAUAUCAAGAAUUUAGGCUGUGAUCAUGUUUUGUUGACUACAUAAUACAUAUACAAUUAAACUCCCCAGUAAAUAACCAAGUAAAAUCAAAACUCAAAUAAAUGGCCGGUUAUGCUUAUCGAGAGCCAGUCAUAUAUUCAUCAUGGGGUACCGAGCCGGUUCUGUGAAAAUACACUUCAAACAAAUCCCAAGUGGACAGCCGACGAACCCACACAAGGUAACUUCUCUCUCUCUUCUUGCUUCAUAAAUCUAUUGUCCACAUAUACUUGCAUUUUAAUAAUAUUCUUACACCCUCCUCCUUAUAUUAUUACAUAUAUAUCUACAUAUAAAUAUCUCAUUACACAUUUCAUAAGACCUCACGAAGCAAACCAAUUCUAUUUUUUCUGUAAGAGAGAGAGAGAGACAUAGCCAGAGAAUAAUACUUGUUUUUGAUAUGCCAACAUCUCUACAAUUUCAGAGACCUUCCACCGCCGCAGAAUCAGCCAACCACCACCACCACAAACAGCUUCAGAAAAUGAGCCUCACGCGCGGCAUGGCUGACGUCCCGGAGCACGUGGAGCUUUCCCACACGCACGUUGUGGAACCCUCUCAGUGCUUCUCCGUCGUGGUUCAGGACGUGGACGCUCCGGCUUCCGCCGUCUGGUCGAUUCUCAGCCGCUUCGAACACCCUCAAGCGUAUAAACACUUUGUGAGGAGCUGUCACGUGGCUGCCGGAGACGGUCGAGAGGUUGGCUCCGUGAGGGAGGUCCGAGUCGUCUCUGGUCUCCCCGCUGCGUUCAGCUUAGAGCGGCUUGAGAUCAUGGACGAUGAUCGCCACGUCAUGAGCUUCAGCGUCGUGGGUGGGGACCACAGGCUUCAGAACUACAGAUCGGUCACGACGGUGCACGAGUCGACGGAUGAUAAUAAGAAGACACGUGUCGUUGAGUCAUACGUGGUUGACGUGCCGGCUGGUAAUGAUAAGGAUGAGACUUGCAGCUUCGCCGACACCAUUGUGCGUUGCAACUUGCAAUCGUUGGCUAAACUCGCCGAGAACCCGCCUAGAAUCUCGUAAUUACAUUUUCGUUUGAACUUUUUAAUUUUAUCUUUAUCUUCUAAUAUAUUCUCUAUUUCAAGAUUUUAUCUUCUUUUUUAGGUUCUAGAUUAUUUAAUCAUCGUCGGGGAUUUUUCGAAACUACAAAAAAUGAAUGGUUUUGGUUUUUCGAAGUUAGGGUUUUAGGGUUUGUUAAGUGUUCGUUUCGACGAUACUUUAGUUUAAGAUCGUUACUUCUUGAGCUCUUGUGUAAAUACAAUCUCGUAGUUUUUAAAUAAACAAGACAUUGUUUGUUUAGGUUUUUUUAUCUUCCUAGUGUUCUUCUUACCAGUUACUUCAAAAUAUGUAUGAUCUUUGUUUAAUCAUGUAACAAUAUAAUGUUCAGUUACUGACUACUGUUUCUAUAUUUUCGAUAUUAUGACCUCUA